AUGGAGCAUCAUGGCUGUGUAUAAGGUGGCAGACAUUAUUUAUUUAAGAAAUAAAUAACUUAAAGUUAGAGUUCAUAAAUGUGAUGUUUUAUUCAUGUGCUCUACGGUUUGACUUGGGGCUACCCAGGUAUUGAUGCCACCAUGAUAGAUUGCAAUAGAACAUCCCCGUAGGUCAACAAGUAAUGCUUAUUGAAGCCAUGUCAAUGAAGAAAGCUUUGCCUGAAUGCUUUGCCGCAUGGAAUAAUGUGCACUUUCAUAAUGGACAAAAUUCUUAGGGUUCUGAGGUUUAUUUUUCUUUCAUCAUAUUUUAUUGAUGCGGCAGCAUACUUUGUGUUGAUGUCUAGGUCCCGGGUGCGGUGGAAUGAGGCCAACUUGAAUGAUAUUGAGGCAAACAAACCAAUAAGACAGAAAAUAACUGAGCCCAAGACACCGUACCACCAUAUGACGGAUGAUGAUGGUCUGCUGCAGUCACCUGUUCAUUGAAACAAUCACUAAUCGCCCCUUGGUUUUUCUAUUCUACGCCCAGUUGGAUGGGUCGCAUCAAGCUCAUACAUUUAAUUAUUUCAGGCUCUACUUCAGCAGUUAUGGAUUUUGAUGAAUGCAUGGCCGACAUUGAGCGCGCAGCAGCUCUGAAAAAUGCUCUGAGUGAGAUUGCCUCUUCCAGUAAAACACCUUCUGGGAGGAACGGGGGUUGGACGUCCUCUGAAGAUGAGCCCGAGACAAUGGAACAAGAUGAAGGUCGGUUCUUUAUUCAAUAUCAGUCGUUUAAAAAUGAACCCAGCAGGUUCAUAUAUAUAUCCCUUUCCUCUAUGCUUCAUGUUUCUGUAUCUUUUCUGCUGGCAUCUUCCGUCUUUGCAAGAAGAAAAUCGCUACUCCAUGGAUAGAUAACAAUGGCCAUGGAGUAGAUAGAUCGAAUGGCCGAAGGGCAAAUCGUUCAUUCCUUGCAAUUACGAAACGACGGAGGGAAACUCUCAGGCCAAUGCUAACAUCCGGCGCCUUCCAUUCCAGAUUCUGAAGGGGAGGGGCGCAGCCUGAGCUUCAAGGAGCACAGGAGGGCUCACUACGACGAGUUCCGGAAGGUAAAGGAGCUUCUCGACCAGGGGGCACUUUCAGACAGCGACGAGACCGGCGAAGCCGAUGAUAACCGGCGAGAGAACAAUAAUCGGGUUGCGACCAAUUCGGCGUCCUCCGUGACCAGCGGCGUGCGGAAGAUCGACCUGAAGGAGCCCAGCCGGCUGCCGGCUCCGCCCAAGUAG